AUGACGACCAGUAUGUUUAUUCAAUCGAUUGUCAUGGCAACUGUUAGCGACCUUAAGAAUGCACUGAAAAGUCUUUUAGCACGGAACGGGGCACUCAAUCGAAUUGAAGCACAAGCAAAAUUUGAAGUCUUCGCUGCCUUAGAUAAGACGACACCUUCACAAAACUUGCCUUCUCAUGUGCAAAUCGAUGAAGCCGCCUUUAUUAUCAAUGAACUGAUUUUGGAGUACAUGAAAUUCAACGACCUCCGGUUUAGUGAGUCGGUGUUCCGAAGUGAGAUGAAGCACAAGCAUGAACCAAUGUCUCGGCGUUUGCUCUGCCAAUCUCUUAACGUCAAACCGACGGUCUCUGCGAAGGUGUCGGCGGAUGACGCGGCGGCUGGUUCCGGGAUUAGAGCUGCAUCAUUUGCUGAGAAACCGGUCCCUCUUUUGUAUUAUUUUGUUGAGCAUUUCAAAUCCACCAAAUUCGGAAGGAAUUGA